CACCAACCCUCGUUCCGACCUCCUCUCUCCUAGACUCUUCCAAUUAAGACCACCGGAAAACGAAAUGUAGGCCACCCAAACCCAGACGCAAAUCCUCCUCCUCCCCGCCACCGCCGGCUUGAGAGACGAUGCUGCUCGUGAGCCAGGCCGCGAACGGCUCCCUCUCCGCGCGGCGGCUGCCCUCCAAGCCGCCGGGGCCCACUACCUCCAACCCCUACCCGCUCUUCGCCAACCCCCGCCUACCGCGCCGCCGCCUCGCGCUCUCCGGCGCCGGCGCAGAAGCCCCGCGCCGCGCCGCGCAGACAUCGGCCGCCGUGGGCGAGGGCCCCUCCGGCUCCCCGGCCACCGCCGCCGAGGACCCCGUCCUCGUCCGCGUUGCCGACGACGGGGUGCCCCUGGAGGGCGUCAUCCAGAUAGAGAAGCCCGGGGACGCCAACGCCGGGCCUAAGCUCGUCUCCUACGCGAAGCUGGGGCUUUUGACCGGCGGGGAUGUGCUCUGCCUGCUGGUGUUCUCCGCCAUAGGGAGGUUCAGCCAUGGGCUGCCUGUUCUCGACGCGGAGACGUUCAAGACGGCCGACCCGUUCAUUGCUGGGUGGUUGCUCAGUGCCUAUCUCCUUGGUGGAUUUGGAGACGAUGCAAAAGGGCGAAAUGGUGUGGGGAAUGCUGUUAUCACUGCGGCCAAAUCCUGGGUUGUCGGGAUACCGCUGGGGCUUGCUAUCCGAGCACUGGCAUCUGGUCAUAUUCCACCAACUCCUUUUAUCUUGGUAACCAUGGGAGGUACAGGGGUCUUGUUAACUGUAUGGCGUGCCCUGGUUUCUCAACUCCUUUCCACUGGACAGAAGCAGCAGGAUGAUGUCUACCGGCGUGGAAGUUCUUUCGAGCUUUUUGAGUUACUCACAUCACUGGUGCGGAGGUGGUGAUGUCUGAAGGCCGAAACAAUAAAAGGUCACGGUUACCUGUGUGUAAGUACAAUUUUGAAGGUGAAGAUGAGCAGACUAAAACCUAGUUUGGAGCAUAUGCAGGAUCAAAAAUCCUUUGACAAGAUCACACGCGCAACACAGCGCUAAGUGUCUUAUUUAUAAGAUGUGCGUGAUCAACCCCCUUGUAAAAUUAUAUAUGUAGCUUGACUUUCUAAUCAAUAAACUUUGCCUCGUGUACCGGCAUUUUCGAUUCCAAUAUAUGAUUUCGCUACACUGUGCCA